AUGAGUUCGAAUCCUGCAAGUCCGAACGAGGGAAGAGAGGAUGAGGCAUGUCUUUAUGCUAUGUUACUCUGCACAAGUCAAGUGUUUCCUUCAGUACUCAAUGCAUCUAUUGAGUUGAAUUUGUUUGACAUAAUAGCAAAUGCAACACCCCAUGGCGGAACUGUGUCAGCAUCCCAAAUUGCUUCUAAGUUGCCAAACCAAUACCCAGGUUUGCCUAAUAGACUUGAGCGCAUGCUGCGUCUCCUUGCAAGCUAUUCUCUUCUCACUUGUUCUCCUCACACCAAUCAAGAUGGUAGCAUUGAGAGAUUCUUUGGAAUCUCAGCUGUUGGAAAGUACUUUGUCAGUGAUGAAAAAAGGGGUUGUGCCGGUGCCAUUACAAAAUUUCUCAACUAUCCUGCAAUGUCACAACUUUGGCCGAAUUUGAAGGAUGCAAUCCUUGAUUCUGAGAACGACCUAUUUCAAAAGGUUCAUGGAAUGCCUUUGUUCAAAUACACUGAAAAGGAUCCAAAAUUGAAUAAUGCUUUCAUCGGUGCAAUGGUUAAUACCAGCACCAUAGAGACGAAUAGGAUCCUUGAAGUGUAUAAAGGAUAUGAAGGAGUUUCAACCCUGGUUGAUGUGGGAGGAAAUACAGGAAAAAAUCUCCAAUUAAUAGUCGCAAAGUACCCUACAAUUAAGGGUAUUAAUUUUGAUUUGCCCCAAGUUAUUGAAAAAGCGCCAGCUUAUCCAGGGAUAGAAAAUGUUGGAGGAGAUAUGUUUAAGCAUGUCCCACAGGGUGAUGCCAUAAUUCUAAAGGGUGUAUUGCACAACUGGUCACAUGAACAAUGCUUGACUGUUUUGAGGAACUGUUACAAUGCACUGCCACAAGGUGGAAAGGUGAUUGUUAUAGAGUUUUUACCAUCAGAAGUAUCAGAGUCAAAUGAAUCAAAGCUUAUUUUCACCCUCGACAACAUCAUGUAUAUCACAAAUGGUGGAAAGGAAAGAAGUAACAAGGAAUAUGAGUCUUUGUGCAAACUCUCUGGAUUUUCAAGAUUUCAAGUUGCCUGUCGUGCAUUCUUUACCUUGGGAAUCAUCGAAUUUUACAAAUAA